AUGUUAUCGUGAAAGUUGAGAAGGUACAUAUGCUGAUCGAUACCAUCACCUCCUACUAACUCUUCAUAGACGGCAUUAUGCGGCAGGUACUGAAAGUCACCACCUACAAAACAUAUCAUCUCUAACAUGAACUGCAAGUGAAUUGCACGUCUUCCGCGGUCACCAGCAGUCUGCUACCGACUUCGUGAUGGGCCAUGAGUUUACCGGCCACGUUCACGAAGUGGGCUCAUCGGUAAAGAGCUUGAAGGUUGGCGACCAUGUCGUCUCUCCUUUCACAACAUGCUGUGGCGAGUGUUUCUACUGCACCCACGGCUUCUCCUCGCGAUGCGUCAAAUGCCAGCUUUUUGGCUGUCCUGCCCUAGACGGUGGCCAGGCAGAAUACGUCAGAAUACCACUCGCCGACUCUACAGCCGUCAAAGCACCACCUGGCAUCAAAGACGAAGCCUUGGUUCUCAUGGCAGACAUCUUCCCAACAGGCAUGUUUGCAGCUAAGAAUGGCUUCCAAUUCUCCACUCCCGAGGAGAUCAAGGAAAGUGUCGUUGUGCUCAUUGGCUGCGGUCCUGUAGCUCUCUGCGCGCUCUGCAACAUCACCGACUACAAGCCAAAGCACAUUCUCGCGGUUGACUCCGUACCUUCGCGCCUCGAGCUUGCCAAGUCACUCGGUGCGGAACCCUGGAACUUCCAGACUGAUCGUGAGGGUCUUGAUAAGCGCGUCAAGGAGCUCACAGACGGCCGCGGAGCAGACAUUGUCAUUGAAGUGGUCGGUCUCUCUCCUGCACUUCGGAUGGGAUUCGAAUUGAUCCGACCCUGGGGGGUCAUCAGCUCGGUCGGAGUCCACAACGCGGAGAUACCGUGGUCUGGAAACGAAGCAUAUGGAAAGAACGUGAGAGUUCAGAUGGGAAGGUGCCCUGUGAGGAGCGUGUUUGAAGAAGCACUUGACAGCUUGAAGAGGCAUCAGGAUAAGCUUGGCUUCAUGGCUGAUAAGGUCAUGCCCUUGAGCCAAGCCGUCGAGGGCUAUGAGCUGUUCGACAAGAUGAAGGUGCAGAAGGUCGUUUUCGAGGCGCAAAAGUAGGGCGCGUACAGGACAGCUGCAUUGAGUGGUGUUGAGGCGGUGUGAGGUUAUCAGACGGCGUUUGAGGGAGUGGAUAAAGUACGAGCUGGCGUUGGUCGAUGUGUGAGCGCGCAUUGGGUGGUGUUGAGAGGCCGCUGCAUGCGUAGGUGUGGUGAAGGCCUAGUCUCAAUCGAACAACUGGAGGCAGAAAUCCCGUACAUCUCAGCCAAUCAUCAAUUUCAGCGGCACGAUACAUUCACAUUCUAGCCAG